AUGGACUUGGAAAUAGGACAACCAAUAGACUUUGGCUCUGGAGAUCAUCAACAUUUGGUUCGGAAAGCAGCAGAUCAUAACCCCCAGAGCAAAACCCCUCAGUCCUACAAAACUUCACCUUCACCUGAGCCAAAAAAUCCUCAUGAGAAUCUACACACAAAGGCCAGUGAGCGAGCAAAUGUUUAUGUGAUACAAAUUUCAGAGGAUACUACUCCAGAAGACAGCAGUAGCCAUCCAUUCUCAAACUCAGCUGUCCGCAGAGAUUUCAUUGUGAAAGUGUUCCUCAUCCUGUCAGCCCAGUUGAUGGUCACUGGAACAAUCACAAGCACGUUUAUUUUCUGGAAGACUUUACGAACUUGGGUGCGUGCAAAUGCCUGGUUCACUUAUGCGAUCUUGCCAGCAUUUUUUGUUGUACUUAUUAUACUUGCUUGCUGUGGGAAACUCCGCCGUCAGGUACCUGCGAAUUACAUUCUCCUGGGAUUAUUUACAGUGCUUCAAGGUAUGCUGCUAGGAGCCAUAUCUGUUUACUAUGAGGCCAAUGAAGUGCUGUGGGCAACAGCAGCAACAGCUCUGGUGACAUUAUUGCUCACUUUGUUUGCUCUUCAAACAAAAUGGGAUUUCACCUUGCUAAAUGGAGCACUUUUCGUUUUACUCUGCGUACUUGUUAUCUAUGGAAUUCUCUUACUCUUCAUACAAACAUAUUGGUUGCACCUUAUUUAUGCUGGCCUUGGAACUGUGCUCUUCUCACUUUACUUGGUGAUGGAUAUACAGCUGAUGGUGGGAGGGCGCCACCAUCAUUCUGACCUGAACCCUGAAGAGUACAUUUUUGCUGCCCUGAACAUCUACUUGGACAUAAUCAACCUUUUCCUUUUUAUUUUGCAACUGAUUGGACUAGGACGGUAG